AUGCGUCUCCCCUACGCCCCCUCCCACCCCCCAGCCGACGCCGACCCCUCCACCACCGAAAUCUACACCCGCAUCGCCGCCCGCCGACACCCGCGCCCGCUGAUCCCCCUCGAUCUCUCGCUCCUGCACUCGCCCCCCGUCGCCGACGGCUGGAACUCAUUUCUCGGCGCGAUUCGCACGCGCACCAUCCUCCCGGGCGCCCUGCUCGAGCUCGCCGUGUGCCGGGUGGCGGUGCUCACGGGGGCCGUGUACGAGUGGAACGCGCACGCGCCGCUGGCGCUGAAGGACGGGGUUGCGGCGGCGGCGCUGCAGGCGGUGCGGGAGAUGCCGUCGACGGUGGAGGAGGCGGGGCGGCGGGCGCUGGAGGCGAGUGUGCUGAGUGCGGUGCAGCGGGCGGUGGUGCGGUAUACGGAUGAGAUGACGGGGCGGGUGGCGGUGGAGGAGGCGACGUUUGGGGCGCUGGGGGAGGCGGGGCUGGGGGAGCGGGAGAUUGUGGAGUUGACGGCGGGUGUGGCUGGGUAUAACUGUGUGAGUCGGGUGUUGGUUGCGUUGGAUGUUGGGGAGAAUAAUGGGAAGGAGAUGAAGAGUGUGGAGGAGAUGGUGGCGGGGUUGAAGUGA